CAGAGCGCAGAUCGCUGCUUUGUUCGGGAGCUGGAGGACAGCGCGAUAUGGAGCGCUGCUGUCUUUGGCUCUUUCUGUUGCUGCUUCAUGUUCGUGGCUUCUGUUCGGCCGAUAACACGUGGAAGGAAAUACAGCAAAAGAUCUCAGAAGCUGUCAAAGGAUACACAACAUGCAACCCUGUUAACUGCAGCUGCCAUCUUGAUGUCCUCCAUCAUGACCUGAAACCCUUUGAAAGGGGAAUCUCCCAGAAUGUCAUGGAAACCACGGUUCUUAAAGGUGUGGGCACCCACUACCAGGUCAUCGAACACAAGCUGUACCGAGAGCACAACUGCAUGUUCCCUGCAAGGUGCAGUGGAGUGGAGCAUUUCAUCCUGGAGGUUGUGAACAGGCUGCCUGACGUGGAGAUGGUGGUGAAUGUGAGAGAUUACCCUCAGGUGCCCAACUGGGUGCAACCGAUUCUGCCCGUCUUCUCGUUCAGUAAGACGCCAGACUAUCUGGACAUCAUGUAUCCGGCGUGGACGUUUUGGGAAGGCGGGCCCGCCGUGUGGCCCAUAUACCCCACCGGACUGGGCAGAUGGGAUCUGAUGAGAGAUGAGCUGAAAAAAUCUGCAGCUCAGUGGCCUUGGAAGAAGAAAGAGACCAGAGGAUUCUUCAGAGGCUCCAGAACCAGCGCUGAGCGACCGCUCAUCCUCCUGUCCAGAGAAGCUCCAGAUCUGGUGGAUGCAGAGUACACCAAGAACCAGGCCUGGAGAUCCGAAAAGGACACACUCGGCAGACCUCCAGCUAAAGAAAUCCCUCUGGUCGAUCACUGUAAAUACAAAUAUUUAUUUAACUUCCGGGGUGUGGCGGCGAGUUUCCGCCUCAAACAUCUCUUCCUCUGCGGCUCGUUGGUGUUUCACGUGGGCGACGAGUGGCAGGAGUUUUUCUACCCGCAGCUCAAACCCUGGGUCCACUUUGUCCCCGUCAAACAGGACUAUCUGAUGUCAGGUACCUCAGAGCUUCUUCAGUUUGUCAAAGAAAACGAUUCCGUCGCACAAGAGAUCGCUUCCAGAGGUCAGGAGUUCAUCCUGAACCACCUUCAAAUGGGAGAAAUUACGUGUUACUGAAAACUGCUGACCGAGUUCAGCCAGCUGCUCACCUACAAACCCAAACUGAGGAGCAACUACAAACACAUUGUCCAGAAAUUCAUCAAAACGGAGCUUUAAACUCUGAUACGAAGGAGAAUCAACAAUUAUGAAUGUAUUUUCUGUGGUACGAAGUUUUUAUUUUAUUUUUAUUUGUGUUGAUUUUCAUUUUUAGGGGGCAAAAUCAUGGUUCUAAACUUGGUCCAGAUCUUUCAAGUAUGUUUAGACAGUUCCCUAAACGGCCACUGGAGGGCUCCACAGUAUCUUUGAGGUCAUUUUCUGUCCAAAAUCAAUACUUCUAGAUAUUUCAAUCAAGUUUAUUUGUGCAGCAUAUUUCUGGAACAACAGCCCAACACUUGUGUUAAAAACAAAAACACAGUUUAGGGACAAAGACAAACUGUAAACAGGAAAUAGUUGAUCUCAAUGAGGUUCUGUCAGUGUUUAAGUCAAACAGUUUUCAGCAUCAUGCUGCCGCCACCAGGACUCACAUUGUCCUGAUCUUCAGUGUUACGUUUCUUUCUUGUGAUCAAAAAUAUGUAAAGGUGGAAAAAUGGAAGAUUUCAGGCAGACUGUUGAUAUUUUAACAAAUGAAUGUAGCUGCUGCUGUUGGCAGGUUUUUACAACUUGAAGAAUAGUGUUUCCUUUUACACAAAGUGCCAAAACAUAGCAAUAGUUUCCAUUUCUAUCUUUGGAUAAAAUUUGGCUUUUUUUAAAAACAUAUUUUAUUUUUUUCUUUUUGAUAAUAAACAGUAUCAGGGUUGGUGCUUACCAGGAUUUUACAGAAUAUGUUGUAGUAUUCGUACUGUCCUGUCAGCUAGACACACGCUGGGCUUUUUUAGUUUGUAAAUUUGUUUCACAUUGUAAAGAUGCUCUGAUCAUCGUCUGAGAAUAAUCAGUGGUUGGUUUCAAAGUUUCUAUCAUUACAAUAAAAUGUGGAAAACAACUUUCAA